AUGGAGAUUGAAUUGACAAUUCUUGCCGCAAAUAAUAUUAUUGCAGGAGACAUUGGAGGGACUAGUGAUGGAUAUGUUAAAUUUGAGACAAGAAAAACAAAAAAGAUGAAAACCAAAAUAGCACCACCAACUUUAAACCCAGUGUGGAAUCAAAAGUUUAAUUGUAUUAUUGAGCCAAAUGAAGAAAUAAAAUUUGAAGUGUAUGAUCAUGAUUUAAUAGGAAAAGAUGAUAAUUUAGGAGAAGCAAGAUUAAUAGUACCAGGUUUAAUGACAGGAGAAUAUUGGCAUGACUGUUUAAGUAUUUCUAAAAGAGGACAUUUAUAUGUAUCAUUAUAUUGUAAAAAAGGAAUAAAUGGAUCAACAAUGCAUCCAUUUAGUCCAUUAGCAGAUAUGGUUAUUAGAAUGGAAUUUAAUAGAGUAACACAUUUAGGAAGAUGUAAUGGAAAUCCACAAGUAGGUAAAAUUAUAAUUAAACCACCAAAUCAAAAAGAACAAAUAUCAAAUGUAUUUACAUUUAAUAAAUCUACAAAAAUAUCAGAAACUUUUAUUAUUAAAUGUAAACCAGGAGAUAAAAUUGAAUUUAAAGUAGAAGAACCAGGAUUAUUAUCUAAUACUACAGUUGAUAAAUCAUCUAUUACUAUUCCUGACUUUAAAGAAGGUGAAAAAUCUGAAGAACAUUUACCAGGAAAAAAAGGAAGUACAUUUGAUUGUAAAAUUCAAUGUAUUAGAAGUGUUUAUCAUAAUGUUUUUCCUCAAUUUAUUCCUCAAGAUAAUGAUUUUAUUAAUGAAAAUGAAAUGAAGUUUUAUCUUUAUUUUGAUAAAGCAGAAAAAAUUAAAGCUGGUGAUAUUGGUGGAACUAGUGAUGCUUAUGUUAAAUUUAAAACUUCUAAAUCAAAAGAAAAGAAAACUUAUGUUUUUGCUCCUUCUGUUAAUCCUGAUUGGAAUCAAUGCUUUAGAAUUAAAGGUACUCUCGGUGAAGAAAUUAUUUUCCAUUUGUUCGAUAAAGACACUCUCACUUCUGAUGAUCAUUUGGGUGAUGCUAAAUGGAAAAUUGACCCAUUAUUUAAUAACCAAUGGAAAAAAUUUAAACUUCAAAUUGAUAAAAAAGGUUCUCUCUCUAUUGAAGUUAAACGUGUUAAAACUUUAAGUCUUACUUAUAAAAGACUCCUUGGUUUACCUGUUCCUUCUACUCAAUUUCAAGGUUAUCCUCAACAACAACCUUAUCCUUAUCCUCAACAAUAUCAAUACCCACCACCACAAGGCUAUCCUCAACAACAACCUUAUCCUCCACAACAAGGCUAUCCUCAAUAUCCUCCUCAACAACCAGGUCAAUAUCCUCCACAACAAGGCUAUCCACAGCAACCAGGUCAAUACCCACCACAAGGCUACCCACAACAACCAGGUCAAUAUCCUCCUCAACAAGGUUAUCCUCAAUAUCCACCUCAGCCUUAUCACUCUCAAGCUGCUGGUGCUCUUCCAAAGAAAUAA